CACAGCGGAAGUUAGCCACGGCGUGUUUGCUAGCUAGCUGCAGCAGUAGCACCCAAGAGCACCAGAGGCUCAAACAUGUUUUCUUUACUUCUGCAAACGAAGCACAAGUCAUGGAUAUACUUUUCACUGCUGGGAAUAUGCUUUAUAACGUCGCCAGUUUUGGCCAAGCCGAACAGUCUCAAAGAAGUAACGGAUGCUAACUGGGAGGAGAUCCUGACUGGGGAAUGGAUGAUUGAAUUCUACGCACCCUGGUGUCCAGCGUGCCAGCAACUCCAACCAGCGUGGAAGGAGUUUGCGGACUGGGGAGAGGACAUGGGGGUCAACAUAGCAAAAGUGGAUGUGACAGAGCAGCCAGGUUUGAGCGGGCGAUUCAUCAUCACUUCACUUCCUACUAUAUACCAAUGUGGGUUGAAAUAUCUCGUCUCUUGUGAUUUGCAGCGUUGUCAUAACUACAUGACGGAGAAGCUGGGGAUUCCCGUUUGGGGAUCAUAUGUUAUCUUCGGCUUGGCCACUCUGUUUUCUGGCCUGGCGUUGGGUCUGUUACUGGUGUUCAUUGCAGAUUUCGUUUUCCCCUCAAGAAGAUUCUCUUCUCACGAUUACUACCAGAAGAAACAGACUAUGGAUCAGGCGAGAUUAAUCCAGCAACAAGAGGAUGCCAUUGAGGCUGAUGGCGAGGAAGAUGACGAAGAGGAGGAAGAAGAGGACCACGACGAGGUCUGGAGAAAGCGGAGAGGAUCUCCCGAGGGCCGCCCUGAACCCAGGGGGCAGGCUUUCCCUGACGACGCCCUGAGGAAGCGGGUGGUGGGCAACCAGGGCGAGGAAGAGGAAGAGGACACUUAGAGAGAGAGAGAGCCUCCUCUUGACACGAGUACCGUUGAGACAGCAGAGUUGAAGGAGCCAAGUUCCUGAGCAGCAGUGUUUUUUUUGUUUGUUUGUUUCUUUUA